GCCACAUACAGCCAGACAGUGUAUACACAUUAUUAGUCCUUUGUUUACGGAAUACAUCAUCUGUGUUAGAACUACCUACACAAUGACCUUUCUGGUAAAGGUCGUCACGGACGGUUGAUUUCAGCAUGCUGACCGUCAAGAUCUGUUAGCAUGACAAUUGCCUGAGAUAGCGAUUAUUUAUCCUUCUGAAAAUCGUCAUGAAUCCACUAGAUAAAAACAGUUUGUCCGAGUCGGAGAGAGAUGUGUUGGACGGUAAAACCAUACUGGUUUUAGGAGACGACCAGAUAAAUCGAAAAUGGAUUCGGACUACAUUGAAGAAUUACGGAAUCAAGCUCAUCCUUGUUGAUCACAAACCCAGUGCUUUUUCAUCAGAAGAUGUAUACAAAUACAUCCAGUAUGAUUUUACUGAUCACCAACAGGACGAAAUCCACGCCGCGAGAAUAAUUGCGAAAUUGGCAGCGGAUAAUUUCUCAAUAGAUGGUUGUUGUACAUUCACAGAUGCAUGUGGGGUACUUGCUGCUUAUUUAUGUGAGAAGUUGGAACUAAUUGGAGGUGUCGGCGUAACGGCAGCAAACAUUGUUUGGAAUAAAAGUUUAACACAAACUUACUUGCAAGAACAAACUGAGGGCGUUCCUCGUUUCCCGAGAACGUACACAUUCACUGGCAGGACAGCUUCGUUUGCAUGCGAAAACACGUUGAGGUCCGCAAUGAAUACCAUUGGAUUUCCUGCUGUAUGUAAACCAAACAAUAGUGCACAUGCAAAUGGCGUGAUGUUGAUUCGGAAAGAGGAUGAGGGUCGACAUCUGUACAAGAAACUGGCUACUUUGCUUGAAGAUGGAAAAUCAAUGAUGUUGAUGGAAUAUUUCGAUGGCACUGAACACGAUAUCGAAGUUAUUAUUUAUCAAGGGGAGAUAAUUGCCGCCAUUGUUUCAAACAAUGGUCCUACAAGACCAGGAUGCUUUGUUGAAACAUCUAUGUCCAUGCCAUCGUGUCUACCUCCAACAAAAGUGGCAGAGCUCAAGAAAGCAGCAUCCGACUGUUGCAAUGAUAUUGGCCUGCGUAACGGAGUUUUUAACGUAGAAAUGAAGCUGACAUCGACAGGCCCCAAGCUGCUCGAAAUCAAUGGACGCAUGGGUGGAAAUUAUGUACGAAGUUGGAUGCAUACCUGUUACGGAUUCGAUCUGCUCUGGUAUGUGAUAGCAAUUGCGGCAGGGAUCCGACCAAAUGUUCCCAAAGAAAAUACAACCGUCCAUAUGAUGGGCAUUACUUGUGCUUUACCCGUGCAUCAGCAAAUUCUGAGUCACAUAGAUUUUGGUAUCAAAGCUACGGAACUUGUUCAAUCAGGUGCAAUUCAGUUUUUUGGCGAAAAAAACUGCGGUAGUACAGAAAAUAACCCCCAAAAGAGCGUUCCAUUUUGUAAUGUUGCAGUGGUGAAACACGACUUGCAAACGGCUAAAUCGGCACUUCUUCACGUCUGUGACAUACUAGGUAUCCACACCGCACUUUUUGAUGUACCGACUUAUCUUUCAGAAUUUGUUCCGCAUCAAUAAAGUCAUUUGGCAGACGCUUUUCCUUAAAAUAUAACAGUGUAACACAGAACAUUUAUCAGGUUGAAUAUUUAUGCAAUUGUUACGAUAUGUUUCAUUUAAAAAGAUUGUAUGAUUGCAGAUACAAUUAAAAACUUAGGCAAAUCAUAAGUAUCCUUCAUGCACGGAGCUUACAUAUAUUUUUCAUGUUAACACUUAAAAGAUACCAAGCAAAGCUAAGUUUCGCUUACAUGUUAUUCAUUAUGUCAAAAUAGCAUAGGACCAAAGUUAUCAACUGCAUGAUGAAAAUUAAUAAUUAAAUUGAAAAGUGUCUGAUAUUCAAUAUCAUAUCCAGAGAUAUAUCAAUCAUACAUAAGACGAAAUAAGGAAUUAAGUCUGGUGACAAAGGAUUCAUAAAGUUUCAACCUGAUGAUAUAUGUUCGAAAGGAAAGCAGACGUAAGGAAACUGGCUAUAUAACUUAUAGAUUGUAGAUAGUUUUUAGGGGUUAUAUGCUUGGCAUGUUUAUUUAAUCGGAGUUACCAGUUUUUGAAUGUUAUUUAGCAUUAAACUCGUCAGUUCAUUAAACUAUGUUAUUGACAAAACGGCACACCCUUUCCCGCAGGAUAUAAAGGUGUAGCUGUUGAUAUGUGCAUUAUUGGAUUCGUCGACGGCUGUCGGCAUAUACCUGUAAGAAUCUCAAUUCGUCAGCAGAUAAUCGAGCAACCAAUAGUGAAUCCUCUGUCGUCACUUACAAGUAGCGAUUCUAGUACCAAAAAGGGAAAGCUCCUCUUAAGCUCUCAAUGGAUCUUCAGCAUCGCGCUUUCAGGAACUUGGGAAUAAAAAUGAGAAAAUAUGUGAAUUUGACGCUUGAAAGGAUUGAAAACACCACUAUCAGAAGGAAACCUUAGAUUGUGUCGCAUUGAUACAACAGCAUGCAGGAGCUUUAUUAAACACAUAUAUAUGUUGCAUAGAUAGGAGUGAUGUACUUAGACAUUCGCUGGAGUAGAUCGUUAUUAGUGUGUUAUAAAAAACUACUGUACAAAAUUUAAACAAAAUUGAUGAUCAUGUGUUUUACUAACGAAUGCAGUGUGAUUGAUGUUUGAAGAUUUACAUGCAUUGCCUAUACAUUUUGAAAA